CUCAUCCCACUCUCCAUCAGUUGCUCCCCCGCUCCCUCCCUCCCUCUCUACUUUACUCUCUCGCUCUUUCGUAUUCUCUCAGUCAGCCAACACACGGCAUAUCAGCAGCAUCCUCUCAACCUGCUUCUGUCUCCCUCUCUCUCUCUCUCUCACACACACACACACACACGUGUGCUGUCACCCCGGCAGCAGACGCGAAACCUCCUCACGCAGCAUCGCAGAGUGAAGCUGUGAAAGCAGGUCAGAGAACUAGAAGAGGAGGAGAAGAAGGAGAAGAAGAAAAAGAAGAAGAGGAAACUCUUUCGCUGAGAAGAAAAGAAGAGACUGAAGACCGAGGUCGGCAUGGUUACCCCAAAAGCCAUCCUCCCCCUCCUUAUCCUCACCUUCACCGUGGGGGGCGUGUUUCUCACGCCAUUGAGUCCCGCCCCGACCGUUCCCCCGGCGAUGACCCCUCCUCCUGACCCCUGUGAGGGACGGCCAUGUCUGAAUGGGGGGGUGUGCGCCCCCCAACCUGAUGCUGAGGUAACCCCAGAGAACCUGCCGGACUCCUGGGCUUACUCCUGCACCUGCACCCCCGGCUUCACUGGACACAACUGCGAGUUUUUCGCAGACCCGUGUGCCAGCAGCCCCUGUGUCCAUGGCAACUGCAGCCGCGGCGAUGAAGUGGAUGUCUUCGCGUGCGAGUGCAGCGAGGGCUUUGGGGGGGAGCGGUGCGAUCAGCCGACUUUUGACCCCAAUGCGCCUAGCUGGGACGUCGCAGAGAGUUUCGCGCCCGAGCACGCCACUCCCGCAACGCCGGUCACGCCCACGACCGCCACUCAAACCACCGAGCCUACCACUGUGCCCAGCACCACGCAAGUCCCGCCCACCCUGCAGCCAUGGCUACCAAAGGCGGGACAGAGGUUUGUGGAGGUGCAGUGGGAUGAUGAGCAGAUGAGGGACGGUUCAGGUUGCGGCACAUCUGGCAUGCUGACCGUUUCCCUGGAGGUUGCAGAGGACACAGAUGUGAAGAUUAUAGUGAAUGUAAGUGGGGCUCCAGUCCUAUGGCGUGUCGGUGUGUCUGAGUUUGUCACAUGUUCCCUGUUGGGGGGGUCUGUUGUCCCCCCUCUGCAAGCCCCCGAUGGUCUGGUCCUCCCAGAUGCCUCACUCCACAUGGGCCAGGACUACUUCAUCGGUGUCCUGCGCCUGGGCAGUCCUGAAGGCCCCGAGGUGGCGUUGCGGCUGCAUGUCACCCGUAAGGCCAGCAGUUGUGUGGAGCCAGGCAGCAGCUUCAGCGACCCGCAGUGCUCUGGGAAGGGCAAGUGCAUCACCCAGCCCUCCGUGGACACCUUCUAUUGUGAAUGUGAUGAUGGCUUUACCGGAAUCUUCUGUGAAGAGUAUGAUGCGUGCCACCACAAGCCAUGCGAGAACAACGGCACCUGCACCGACCUGCGACAGGGAGGCCAGGGGCGGAACUUCACCUGUUCCUGCUCACCAGGCUUUGAGGGGGAUCGUUGCCAGGGUCUGGUUGAUCACUGCCUGUCUCAGCCAUGUAGAAACGGAGCCUCCUGCUCAAGCAGUCUGGCUGGACCCCACUGCUACUGCCCUGAAGCCUACCAGGGCAGCUUCUGUGAGCAGAAGGUGGAUCCAUGCACCUCCAGCCCGUGCCACAACAAUGGCAGCUGCAUGGCCCAGGGAGGAGCCUCGACACUGGGCUUCAGCUGCACCUGCCCCCCUGGCUUCACUGGGCCCACCUGUGCCCAGCUGGUGGACUUCUGCGCCCUCAACCCGUGUGCCCAUGGCAUCUGCCGCAACGUGGGCACUAGCUAUAGGUGUCUGUGCGUCCCAGGUUAUCAUGGCCUGUACUGUGAAGAAGAGUAUAAUGAGUGUUUGUCGGCUCCGUGUCAGAACUACGCCACCUGUAGGGACCUCAUCAACGCCUAUGAGUGUGUGUGCGCUCCACAGUACGAGGGAAGGCACUGUGAGAUCUAUAAGGACCCCUGUCUGAAGGUGCACUGCCAAAAUGGAGGCCACUGUGAGAGUGGAGGACUCAACGCCUCCUGUGUGUGUCCCCCUGGAUACUUAGGGCAACAUUGUGAGGUGGACAUCAAUGAGUGUGAGAGCAAUCCCUGUCACCAUGGCGGCACCUGCAUCAACCAAUCAAACGGCUAUGCCUGCCACUGCCCUCCCGGCUGGGUUGGAGGCAACUGCGAGAUCCACCUGCAGUGGAAGCCAGCGCACCCUGACGAGACCCUGACCAACAUGCCACGUCACUCUCUGUACAUCAUCAUCGGGGCGCUGUGUGUCGCCUUCGUCCUCAUGCUCAUCAUCCUCAUCGUGGGCAUCUGCCGAAUCAGCCGCAUCGAGUACCAGGGCUCCUCGCGCCACGCCUACCAGGAGUUCUACAACUGCCGCAGCAUCGACAGCGACUUCAGCAACGCCAUCGCCAACAUACGCCAUGCCAGGUUUGGGAAGAAGUCUCGGCCUGCCAUGUAUGACGCCACUCCCAUCACCUAUGAAGAUUACAGUCCCGAUGACAAGCCUCUGGUCACGCUUAUCAAAACGAAAGAUUUGUAAAACACACACACGCAUACACAAACACACACACACAAACACACACACACACACACACACACACACACACACACACACACACACACACACACACUCCUACAUAUGCAUUUAAGCCCAGCCUUUCUGAUCAGUCAAUGCCAACCAUUCAGUAUUAUUAUUAUUAUUUUUUAAAGAGGGCGUAAUUAUAAUCAUUGUAAAUGUUCUUCUAAACAAAUGAAAAUAUUGAUAUGUCAAAAAUGAAAAACAGAAAGAUCUAGAAUAGACCCCUCUUCUAGAGGGAUGUGACAGUAUUUCACUUUCCUCCCAUCCCCUACCCACGAUGCUUUGCGACGGUUUGCAUCGCACGGUGCAGUCAUGGUUCGGGACAGGCCCAAGCACACACAGACUUCUGCUCUAUAGCUGAAUGUGAGUAGUCAUUCACCUGCGCAGAAUUUUCCUUUUUACUGUAGAGGGGGGAGGGACCAUGUGGGUGGAGGUGGCGGUUGCGGGGGGUGGUGGUCUUUAACUUACCCUUCAGUCCCCACUGCCCCUCUGGUGGGUGUAGACUUUCCAGGCAGUGCUAGCGGUUUUUGCUGAUGUAGUAGACAUAGAUGCACUGGUCAAUACAGUGCGGUAAUGAUAUGUAACUUAUUUAAAACAAUAACUAUGUAAUGAUUUAAACAGAGGUUUUUUUUAUUUAAGGAAAAAAAUAUUAACUUGCAGUAGGUGGCCUUAACUGGUGCAUGAUAGCGUUCGAUGGUUUCUGCAUUGCGUUUAGAAACCCUGCAUAAUAUGUAACGGUAAAUUUUGUGUUUUUUAAACUUCGCUGGAGAGGGUUCUGUGCCAUAAUCUAUUUGUUGUUGUUGUUCUUCUUCUUCUUCUACUACUUCUUGUUCUCGCAUUUUGUGUUAGUAGGAGAGUUCAUAAUGAAUCAAUGUAUCGUCAAGGCAGUUGAAAAAAAGUGCUUUUGCAAAACUAAUAAUUAAAGUAAUAUUUGAUUGUAUUAUAUUUGUUUGUUUGUUUAUCAGUUUCUUUGGUAUGAGUUGUUCAGGAGAGAACUAGGCAUUGAACUAAACUUAGUCUCUGACUAAAGGGCCUUUCAGACCAAGAACAAAUGACAAUGUCCACACAUAAACUAUACCAAACGACACGAACACCGAUAUUGUCAGUUUCAGUUAUAGUUAUUGUUAUUGGUGUGAACGGCCCUUAAUAAGGUCGUUUAUUAAACUUCUCUGUUCUCUAUGUACACACUUGAAUGGUGGGGAUGGAAUGAUACAAUAAUUAAAGAGGAAGUUCAAAGGUUGGGAGAGGUGGGUAGAAGAGAACAACUUCCUGUUUCAUGGGGUCACUUGUCCGUGUCCACUGUACUGUACUGUACCAGGACAUUACAGCUUUGAUUUUGAAUAAUUAAGGACACAAAUGGAAACUGAUCAACAUCUAAGAGUAAAGGAAUAUGAUGAACUGGAAGGGAAAGGAAAGGAAGGAUAAGAGGACUAAAGAACUAAGAGCAUGAAACAUUCACUGUUAAAAAAGACUAAAAUGACUGGCUCAAAAUCACCUUAAACCACUCUUCAGAGAAGACAGUGUCCAUCUACUGUAGAGUAUGUCUGUAUCAAACCAUUUGACUGAGGUCCAGGUUUUGUUAGGUUCUCUUUCUCUUUUAACCUCUGAUCCUGAGCACUGAUGUUCGUAAUACUGGAGAUAGUUAGCUCAUGGUACCAUAAUGUUGGGUCUUGUGUGGAGUCAAGAUAUAAAUAUGAUAAAAGGUUCUUGGACCCCCUCAGUUCAUCACAGCUGGGUUCAGUUCAUCACAGCUGGAUUUGGUGUCUGCGCUCGUUAGCCUGGGAGUCCGUAGCCAGGGAGUCCGUUUGCUGUACAGUAUUUGUGCAUCUGUGUCUUUGUUGUCGAGUGGGUGCAACAAUGUCCAUAUAGCCUACUUUAGGCUUAUGCCUAUGUGUGAGUGAGUGAGAGAGAAUGAAUAUGUCAGUACGGGUCGGGCCUUCCUUUUCAUGAUCUUUUCCUGUUAGAUGGGCGUCCUGACCGUUACCGUAGUUCCUCCUUAUCCUCCUCACCUCGCUGUGGUUUUCUGUCUCCUCUUCCCUCUUUUCCACAUUGAAGAAUAGAAUGGUCAAUGUGUUAAUUAACUGUGUUGAAUGAUGUACUAAUAAAGGUUUUAGUCGACCCUU